AUGGAGAAAGCCGCUAACGAUCGACUCCACACCUUCGACAACAAGAACGCUACUCCAAAGGCGUCGUCGCUGAGGAAAUGCUGGCCCUCUCUGAGGUCGUCUCACCCAGACGCCUACCGUGCCCUUGGGGCUCAAUUUCUUGCGCUGAAGCGAAGCGGUCAGAUUGUCGACGCAUGUACACCACUCAAGCACUAG